GGGUAACUCAUUGGACUUUGCAGUUCUUUUAAUUCUUCUGAAAGGUUUCAAAUCCUCUAGAAGCCAAAAUGGGACACAGUAAACAAAUUCGAAUUUUACUUCUAAACGAAAUGGAAAAGCUGGAAAAGACCCUCUUCAGACUUGAACAAGGGUUUGAACUACAGUUCCGACUGGGCCCAACUUUACAGGGAAAAGCAGUUACUGUGUACACAAAUUACCCAUUUCCUGGAGAAACAUUUAAUCGAGAAAAAUUCCGUUCCCUGGGUUGGGAAAAUCCAACAGAAAGAGAAGAUGAUUCUGAUAAAUACUGUAAACUUAAUCUGCAACAGUCUGGUUCAUUUCAGUAUUAUUUCCUUCAAGGAAAUGAGAAAAGUGGUGGAGGUUACAUAGUUGUGGAUCCCAUUUUACACGUUGGUGCUGAUAAUCACGUGUUACCCUUGGACUGUGUUACUCUCCAGACAUUUUUAGCUAAGUGUUUGGGACCUUUUGAUGAAUGGGAAAGCAGACUUAGGGUUGCAAAAGAAUCAGGUUACAAUAUGAUUCAUUUUACCCCAUUGCAGACUCUUGGACUAUCUAGAUCAUGCUACUCCCUUGCCAAUCAGUUAGAAUUAAAUCCUGACUUUUCAAGACCUAAUAGAAAGUACACAUGGACUGAUGUUGGACAGCUAGUGGAAAAAUUAAAAAAGGAAUGGAAUAUUCUUUGUAUUACUGAUGUUGUCUACAAUCAUACUGAGAAUAGGAGGGUAACCAAGUCUGAUCCAAACCAACAUCUUAAGAUUAUUCAGGAUCCUGAAUACAGACGGCUUGGCUGUACUGUAGAUAUGAACAUCGCACUAGCGACUUUCAUACCACACGACAACGGACCAGCUGCAAUUGAAGAAUGCUGCAAUUGGUUUCGUAAGAGAAUUGAGGAAUUAAAUUCAGAGAAGCUUCGACUCGUGAACUAUCAUCAGGAACAGGCAGUUAAUUGCCUUUUGGGAAAUGUGUUUUAUGAACGACUAGCUGGCCAUGGUCCUAAACUAGGACCUGUCACUAGAAAACAUCCUUUAGUUACCAGGUAUUUUACUUUCCCCUUUGAAGAACUGGCCUUCUCAACAGAAGAAUCUAUGAUUCAUCUUCCAAAUAAAGCUUGUUUUCUGAUGGCACAUAAUGGAUGGGUAAUGGGAGAUGAUCCUCUUAGAAACUUUGCUGAACCAGGUUCAGAGGUUUAUUUAAGGAGAGAACUUAUUUGCUGGGGAGACAGUGUUAAAUUACGCUAUGGGAAUAAACCAGAGGACUGUCCUUAUCUCUGGGCACACAUGAGAAAAUAUACUGAACUAACUGUGACAUAUUUCCAAGGAGUACGUCUUGAUAACUGCCACUCAACACCUCUUCAUGUCGCUGAGUACAUGUUGGAUGCUGCUAGGAAAUUGCAACCCAAUUUAUACGUAGUAGCUGAACUGUUCACAGGAAGCGAAGAUCUGGACAAUAUCUUUGUUACUAGACUGGGCAUUAGUUCCUUAAUAAGAGAGGCUAUGAGUGCCUGUAACAGUCAUGAAGAGGGCAGAUUAGUUUACCGGUAUGGUGGAGAACCUGUUGGAUCCUUCGUACAGCCCUGUUUGAGGCCUUUAAUGCCAGCUAUCGCACACGCCCUGUUUAUGGAUAUUACCCAUGACAAUGAGUGUCCUAUUGUGCACAGAUCAGCAUACGAUGCUCUUCCAAGUUCAACAAUUGUUUCUAUGGCAUGUUGUGCUAGUGGAAGUACGAGAGGCUAUGAUGAAUUAGUACCUCAUCAGAUUUCAGUGGUUUCUGAAGAACGAUUUUACACUAAGUGGAAUCCUGGAGCAUUGCCAUCAAAUACAGGUGAAGUUAAUUUCCAGAGUGGAAUUAUUGCAGCCAGGUGUGCUAUCAAUAAACUUCAUCAGGAGCUUGGAGCCAAGGGUUUUAUUCAGGUAUAUGUGGAUCAAGUUGAUGAAGACAUAGUGGCAGUAACAAGGCACUCACCUAGUAUCCAUCAGUCUGUUGUUGCUGUAUCUAGAACUGCUUUCAGAAAUCCUAAGACUUCAUUUUACAGCAAGGAAGUGCCUCAAAUGUGUAUCCCUGGCAAAAUUGAAGAAGUAGUUCUUGAAGCUAGAACUAUUGAGAGAACAACAAAUCCUUAUAGGAAGGAUGAGAAUUCAAUCAAUGGAAUGCCAAAUAUCACAGUAGAAAUUAGAGAACAUAUUCAGCUUAAUGAAAGUAAAAUUGUUAAACAAGCUGGAGUUACCACAAAAGGGCCCAAUGAAUAUGUUCAAGAAAUAGAAUUUGAAAACUUGUCUCCAGGAAGUGUUAUUAUAUUCAGAGUUAGUCUUGAUCCACAUGCGCAAGUUGCGGUUGGAAUUCUUCGAAAUCAUCUGACACAGUUCAGUCCUCACUUUAAAUCUGGGAGCCUUGCUGUUGACAACUCAGAUCCUAUAUUAAAAAUUCCUUUUGCUUCUAUUGCCUCCAAAUUAACUUUGGGUGAGCUAAAUCAGAUACUUUACCGAUGUGAAUCAGAAGAACAGGAAGAUGGUGGAGGAUGCUACACCAUACCAAAUUGGUCGUCCCUUAAAUAUGCAGGUCUUCAAGGAUUAAUGUCCGUAUUGGCAGAAAUAAGACCAAAGAAUGACUUGGGGCAUCCUUUUUGUGAUAAUUUGAGAUCUGGAGAUUGGAUGAUUGACUAUGUCAGUAGCCGGCUUAUUUCCCGAUCAGGAACUAUUGCUGAAGUUGGUAAAUGGUUGCAGGCUAUGUUCUUCUACCUGAAGCAGAUCCCACGUUAUCUUAUCCCAUGUUACUUUGAUGCUAUACUAAUUGGUGCAUAUACCACUCUUCUGGAUAUAGCAUGGAAGCAGAUGUCAAGCUUUGUUCAGAAUGGUUCAACCUUUGUGAAACACCUUUCACUGGGUUCAGUUCAAAUGUGUGCAGUAGGAAAAGUCCCUUCUCUGCCACUUCUUUCACCUUCACUUAUGGAUGUACCAUAUAGGCUAAAUGAGAUCACAAAAGAAAAGGAGCAGUGUUGUGUUUCUCUAGCUGCAGGGUUACCUCAUUUUUCUUCUGGUCUUUUCCGCUGCUGGGGAAGGGAUACUUUUAUUGCGCUUAGAGGCACACUGCUGAUUACUGGACGCUAUAUAGAGGCCAGGAAUAUUAUUUUAGCAUUUGCUGGUACCCUGAGGCAUGGUCUCAUUCCUAAUCUCCUCGGUGAAGGAACUUAUGCCAGAUACAAUUGCCGGGAUGCUGUGUGGUGGUGGCUACAGUGUAUUCAGGAUUACUGUAAAAUGGUUCCAAAUGGUCUAGAAAUUCUCAAGUGCCCAGUAUCCAGAAUGUAUCCUACAGAUGACUCUGUUCCUUUGCCUGCUGGCACACUGGAUCAACCAUUGUUUGAAGUAAUACAGGAAACUAUGCAAAGACACAUGCAGGGCAUACAGUUCCGAGAAAGGAAUGCUGGUCCACAGAUAGAUCGAAACAUGAAGGAUGAAGGUUUUAAUAUAACUGCAGGGGUUGAUGAAGAAACAGGAUUUGUUUAUGGAGGAAAUCGCUUAAAUUGCGGCACGUGGAUGGAUAAAAUGGGAGAAAGUGACAGAGCUAGAAACAGAGGAAUCCCAGCCACUCCAAGAGAUGGGUCUGCUGUGGAAAUUGUGGGCCUGAGUAAAUCUGCUGUUCGUUGGUUGCUGGAAUUAUCGAAAAAAAAUAUUUUCCCUUAUCAUGAAGUCACAGUUAAAAGACAUGGAAAGAUUGUAACAGUCUCAUAUGAUGAGUGGAACAGAAAAAUACAAGACAACUUUGAAAAGCUGUUCCAUGUUUCAGAAGACCCUUCAGAUUUAAACGAAAAGCAUCCAAAUCUGGUUCACAAACGUGGCAUAUACAAAGAUAGUUAUGGAGCUUCAAGUCCUUGGUGCGACUACCAGCUCAGGCCUAAUUUUACCAUAGCAAUGGUUGUGGCACCUGAGCUCUUUACUAUAGAAAAAGCAUGGAAAGCUUUGGAGAUUGCAGAGAAAAAAUUGCUUGGUCCCCUUGGCAUGAAAACUUUAGAUCCAGAUGAUAUGGUUUACUGUGGAAUUUAUGACAAUGCGUUAGACAAUGACAACUACAAUCUUGCUAAAGGCUUCAAUUAUCAUCAAGGACCUGAGUGGCUGUGGCCUAUUGGGUAUUUUCUUCGUGCAAAAUUAUAUUUUUCCAGAUUAAUGGGUCCGGAAACUAAUGCAAACACUAUAUUUUUGGUUAAAAACGUUCUUUCCCGACAUUACGUUCAUCUUGAGAGAUCUCCUUGGAAAGGACUUCCAGAAUUGACCAAUGAGAAUGGCCAAUACUGUCCUUUUAGCUGUGAAACACAAGCCUGGUCAAUUGCUAGUAUUCUUGAGACACUUUAUGAUUUAUAAUUGGUUCAUGGAUAUUUAUUAAGUAUGCAAUCACUUGUAUUAUGGAAUACAAGGUCAUAAUAUAACAUAAAUACCUUAUAUGCACAGCCUCAAGUCAUUUUAAAAAUCUUAUCAUAAUAUUGAUGCCCAAUUAGGUAAGAUUGUAAAAGCAUUGAUUUUUCUGUUUUUUGGGUUUUUUUAAAAAAUGUACAGAGGUAGCUUUCUAUUUGAAUCAAAAACAUUAUAAUUACCAAUGGAAUGUUUUGAGUUCAGUAAGUAUUCUUCAAAUGCCUAGAAAUUCAGAGUUUCAAAAGGAAAAAUCAUCUAAUCUAUUUGUACAUAAGUGAAA